UUUGAAAAAAUAAAGAGAAGAAGUCCCUGGCGACGAGCAAAAGGGCAACUAUCGAUCAGCCAUGCCGCGCCUGGCACCCACAUUCAUGCGCCUGGCGAGGUCGAUCCCGCGUGCCUCGACCUCGGCCGCACCCGCUUCUGCAUCGACGUCGUCGUCGUCGUCGACGUCGGCAUUGACCGCAAUGCGCCCGCUGGCCCGACCAAGCACGCCCGCACGCGCGCACCGCGGCCUGUCCACCUUCUCCCUCGGGCAUCGACCCACAUCGCUCCUCUCGCUCCUCUCCUCGCCCACAAUGACAGCCAAGACGGCCGCAACAACAACAACAACAACAACAACAACGACAACAACAUUGCCCGCGAUCCAGUCGCUCUCGCCCACCGGCGCCGGGAUCCAGAAGCGAUUCACAACGUACGGCGCAGAGUACCAGCCGUCGCAACGGAAGCGGAAGCGCAAGCACGGCUUCCUCGCCCGCCUUCGCACCCGAAAUGGCCGCAAGAUGCUCGCGCGGCGGCGCAUGCAGGGCAGACGGUUCCUGAGCCACUAGUCUUGCUUUUCACACACUGAGCUGUACUAUUCCUCUCUUCAAUCAAUGUGUG